UAUUUAGAUUCGUAGUAUUAGAUUUGUAGAUUUGGCAACGCGUUUGAUUACAUGGUUUGGCGGUGAAUUGAAAGAAGUUUAGAAAAUUUGCUAUUUGUAUUCAAUGGCUCAGUUAAAAGGAUCAGCAGAGUUCAGUGAAAUUCAAAAUGAAAUAGAAAAAGUUACAUCUUUGUGUUCGGAGGUUCAAUUAAAUGAAUCAUCAAACUGUGGUGAAGCUCAGAAGGAAACUGAUAAUGGAUUGAGUGUACUUCAUCCAAGUAACAUUUCAGAUCCUCUACCUUGGGAUGAUUACUUCAUGAGUUUGUGUUUAUUAACUUCUGCUAGGAGCAAAGAUCCCAAUACUAAAGUUGGUGCAUGUAUUGUUAAUUUUGAAAAGAAAAUUGUUGGUCUUGGCUAUAAUGGUAUGCCGAGGGGUAUAAAAGAUGGAGAAUUACCAUGGGAUAAAACUGCUGAUGAAGUAUUUAAAACAAAGUAUCCAUAUGUUUGCCAUGCUGAAAUGAAUGCAAUUAUGAAUUGUAUAGGAAGAAAUCUUAGUGACUGUAUCAUAUACGUAAACAAGUUUCCAUGUCCAGAAUGUGCUAAACUAAUCAUUCAAUCUGGUAUUAAAAAAGUAAUGUAUAUGGAUCCAAAAUUAGUGUUUGGGAUUUAUGAUGAGACUUAUCCAUCAAGAAAGAUGUUUGAUUGUUCAGGAGUAACACAUUGUCGUUUUGUACCAUCUGUAAAAAAAGUGACGAUAGAUAUUCAGACACCUUCAAAAAUUCCGGUCUUCAUUGAAAAGUGAAGUAAAUACAAAGCACAGUCUUGAAAGUCACUGUCUACCAAAUUGUUAUAUGUCUUAAACAAGCUGUUAAAAGUUUCAUUUUUAAAAAUGUUUAAUAGUUAUGUAUAUUAUAUUUUAUCUUUACACUAAUUCAUUGAAGAUAUGUAUUUUAAUGACUUUAUUAAACAUCAUUUUUAUUAUUUUUA